ACGGGAGACAAUCCAAAUGAGGUCAAUCGCUAUUGAUUCCAUAAUGAAAUGAAAUUCAAUAGUAAACGACUACAUAGUUGAUCCAGAUUUUAUUAAUGAUAAGUUCCCAAAAUGGAUAUCAACUGACAUUGAUGUGAUAAAUUUCUUCUUGUGACAUUAAACUGAAGAUUUGGAUAAAAUUUUAAAAAUGGCAGGAUCACGUCAGAAUCCACAUGGAUUGAAGCAAAUUGGAUUAGACCAGAUUUGGGAUGAUCUUAGAGGAGGAAUCAAGCAUGUAUACAACAGACAGAGCAUGGCUAGAAACAGAUACAUGGAACUAUACACACAUGUUUACAAUUACUGCACAAGUGUUCAUCAAUCUGGACAAGCUGGUCAACAGUCCUCUUCAAGGGCUCAAGGUGGGCGUCGCCCAAAACCACCCACAGGAGGAGCCCAGUUUGUUGGAUUUGAACUGUAUAAAAGACUAAAAGAUUUUCUUAAAUCCUACCUGGUCACAGUGUUGAGGGACGGACAAGAUUUUCUUGAUGAACAGGUAUUAUCAUUCUAUACCAAACAAUGGGAGGAUUAUCAGUUUUCCAGUAAGGUAUUAAAUGGAGUGUGUGCCUAUCUGAACAGACACUGGGUCAGAAGAGAAUGUGAUGAAGGAACUAAAGGCAUUUAUGAAAUUUAUUCUCUUGCAUUAAUUAUAUGGAGAGACAACUUAUUCAAACCACUGAAUAAGCAAGUAACAAAUGCUGUGCUUAAACUGAUAGAAAAGGAGAGAUAUGGUGAAACCAUUAACACUAGACUUGUCAGUGGUGUAAUUAAUUGUUAUGUUGAGCUUGGCUUGAAUGAAGAUGACCCAUCUACUAAAGGUCCAACAUUAAGUGUUUAUAAAGAUCACUUUGAGAAUCCAUUCUUGGAUGAUACAGAACAGUUUUAUACAAGAGAAAGUACAGAGUUCCUCAGACAGAAUCCUGUAACAGAAUAUAUGAAAAAGGCUGAAGCCAGACUAAUGGAAGAACACAAGAGGGUACAGUUGUAUUUACAUGAAAGUACACAGGAUGUUCUAGCCAGAAAGUGUGAGAAAGUUCUCAUAGAGAAACAUCUGGAAAUAUUCCACUGUGAAUUUCAGAAUCUCUUACAUGAUGAUAAAAAUGAUGAUUUAGGAAGAAUGUACCAGUUGGUAUCUAGGAUACAGGAUGGUCUGGGAGAAUUGAAGAAUUUGUUAGAAACACAUAUAUAUAACCAAGGAAUGGAAGCUAUAGAUAAAUGUGGAGAGGCUGGUCUGAAUGACCCUAAAAUAUAUGUACAGACAAUUUUAGAUGUUCAUAAGAAAUAUCAUGCCUUAGUGUUGACGGCAUUUAGUAAUGACUCAGGGUUUGUGGCAGCCUUAGAUAAGGCGUGUGGUAGAUUUAUAAAUAAUAAUUCAGUAACAAAGUUGGCUAAUUCUUCCAGUAAAUCUCCAGAAUUGUUAGCCAGAUACUGUGAUCUUUUACUUAAAAAGAGUUCCAAGAAUCCAGAGGAAGCUGAAUUAGAAGAUACAUUAAAUCAAGUGAUGAUAGUAUUUAAAUACAUAGAAGAUAAAGAUGUGUUCCAGAAAUUCUAUAGUAAAAUGUUGGCUAAGAGAUUAGUACAACAUAUGUCUGCUAGUGAUGAUGCUGAAGCCAGUAUGAUCUCAAAAUUAAAGCAAGCCUGUGGAUUUGAGUAUACGUCCAAACUGCAAAGAAUGUUUCAGGAUAUCAGCGUCAGUAAAGAACUUAACGAUCAAUUCAGGGAACAUCUCAAAAAAUCUCCUGCUGAAGACCAGCUGGAUAUCGAUUUCAGCGUACAGGUGCUAAGCUCAGGGUCGUGGCCUUUUCAACAGUCUUGUACAUUCGCUCUGCCACAAGAGAUGGAGAGAAGUUUUCAAAGAUUUACCUGUUUCUAUAGUAACCGCCACAGUGGGCGAAAAUUGAAUUGGUUGUAUCAUAUGUCUAAAGGAGAGUUGGUCACACAUUGUUUUAAAAAUAGAUAUACAUUACAGGCCUCCACAUUUCAAAUAGCCGUCCUUUUACAGUUUAAUUUAGAAAAUAGUUUAACAGUUCAACAAUUACUGGAUAGUACACAAAUCAAAUUGGAUAUGUUACAGCAAGUUCUCCAGAUACUGCUCAAAUCUAAAUUACUUGUUACAGAAGAUGAUGAAAAUGAACUUGUCCCUACAUCACAACUGUCUCUUUUCUUUGGAUACAAAAAUAAAAAGUUACGUGUAAAUAUAAAUGUUCCAAUGAAACAAGAGGUGAAAAUAGAACAGGAAGCUACACACAAACACAUUGAAGAAGACAGAAAACUUCUAAUUCAGGCAGCCAUAGUACGUAUAAUGAAAAUGAGGAAGACAUCAAAACAUCAACAACUUUUAGGAGAAGUUUUGAACCAGCUAUCAUCUAGAUUUAAACCCAGAGUUCCUGUCAUUAAGAAAUGUAUAGACAUUUUGAUAGAGAAGGAAUAUCUAGAACGUGUUGAAGGACAGAAGGAUACAUACAGUUACUUAGCAUAAAUUUAAAACUCACUGCUGUUUUGUUAAUUCACCUUAAAAUGUCUGCCGAUGACAAGGGAGUGAAUUCAUCAAAGUAUGAAAGGGAGAUAACUGAUUUUUGUUUUUGUUUGGGUAAGAGGAAGUGAGGAAGUGAUGAAUAUUCAGAAUGUUUGUCAGUUGUGAAUGCAGACAAGAUUUCUACUGAAGUUCAACAGUUUAGUAUGUUACAUCCUCAGAUACAAAAAACUUUUUGCUGGACUGUUUGUUUUUUCUCUAUUUUAUUGAGAGUUCUUGAAUUAGAUAUUGAACAUACUUUGUACUUUAUCUAGACUGUCAUGUUUGUGCCAACAAUGUAUAACUCUUUUCUGAUUGUAUAUCUUUUACCUAUAUAUUCUAUACUAGGGCUAUAUAAGUGAAAUAACAAACUAAGAAAAAAGUGUGUAAUACAAAUAUGAUAAAAUAACAAAGAUAUUCUAGUGAAAGAAAACUGGCAUUAGAUUCCUGGUAAGGCAAAAUUUAGUCUAUGAACUGUUAUUUAAUAUAUUAAAAAGUUACAUGUCAUUAUCAAAUUGUCCUAUAAAUUGCUGCUGCAUUGCUAUUUUUCUGUCAGAUAUUUUGUUCUUGAAUAAUAUUUUUUUUUUUUUUAAUUUAGCAAUUAAAGAUUUCCUUGAUAAAAGGAGGUUUUUGUUCAGAGUUUAUCAGAUUACUUUUUUCAUUUAAUAUGUCUAACAGUGACAACUUUGAGAAGACGACUUGAGUUUCUGUUUACAAUUUCUUGCUGUCUAAUAUUAUAGCAGAUACCACAAAAGGAAAAAUUUCAUCAAUCAGUUAAGAAUUUUGAGUUUAUUUUUCAAAUUUGUAGGCUUUUAGAAAAAAAAAAUCUACUUGUGUGAACUUAAACCACUACUCAAUUUUUACUGCAAAAAAUUAUUUUCUGUUUUAGACACACUAUUGGAAAAUGAUGUGACUUGGGAAUUUUUUGGUAGAUUUUGCAGCUUUGAAAUAAUUAUUUUUCUUUUAUAUGCACAGCAGUACAUCACACAAGGGGUGUUAACAUACAUAAAUUCCAUUUACAAUAAACAAUACUUUAGUUUAAUUUCAUUAUUAUUUGAUUGACGAAAAAAACAUGUACUAUUAAGAAUAUUUUAGGAAAAAAUUUGGGGAUGUUGGAGGUUACUUUUCUUCAGACUUUCGCCUGGUUUUUUUUUGUAUAUUUUGUUUAUUUACCACAUCAAAACAGCAUUUUAUAUUAAUUUUGCUGUUAUUCUAAGUUGUGCAAUGUACAUUUUUAAUUUGUUUUAUUUAUUUAUGGUUUUUAUAUCUUUAAGAUGGUAGUGCAUGCAGUAUGUACACUUAUACUGCCUGUGUUACGUUGAAGAAAAACCAAAAAGUGCUUGUUGUGUGCUUAAUUAGUUUGCUUUUUCAACAAAUGAAGAGCCUAGGUUGCUCUUCUGAUUUGAAACACAAGAUUUUCAAAUAAAACAUAAACUGCAUUUUAUAAACUUGAUUCCGUUAGUGUUUGACUUGUAAAAAUUCAUCAUUUCAAUUUUUUUCUUUCUUUUUAGGAUAACAUAAGAAUUAGCCAAAUUAAGUUAGGUGUAUGUUGAUGAAAGUGUGUGUAAUGCAUUUUGCAGUUGAGAGAAAGAGUAGUAUUUGAGUGUAACUGUGAUGUCAUUUCCGUUUAAUAGAAUUCUUUUUGUUAUGCAAGAAGUUUAUGAUCUAAAUAUAUAUAUUAAUACCAUUAAAUUUAACAAUACCUCAGAUAUUACUAUACAUUUAUUUGUUUGUUAAAAAACAACCCAUAUUUACUAUUAAUUUAUGGGAAUCAAAACCAGCUUUCAAAAUGAUGUAGUUGUAUUUGAAGUCCUGUUUGGAUUAUAGGACUUUUGAAGAAAUUAAAAUUUAUGAAGUUGAACUGUAUAAUUUUUUUUUUAUGUUCAUUUUUGCACAUGUAAACUUAAUUACAAAUACCAGAUUUUAAUACCACUGCAAAAAUUCAGGUUCUUUAAUUGUAUCAGCAUAUCGCCCAUGUAAUUUACUCAUUUCUGUGGAGUAAUGUGUUUAGGUUGAUCAGUACUGGAAAUUAAACUAAGAUAAGAUUUAACCCACACCCUUUAAAGUAAAUAAAAUAAUAAUGUGUGUUUUUGCAUACAGAAUAGAUAUUUUCACCAAUUUAAAAAACAUAUUUCAACAAAAUUGACAUCUCGUACCAUUUUCUUGAUAAUAAGGGUCAGAAAGGACCCAUUUUAAAACUUGCACAAGUCCAAUGAACACAGCAUUGGUUCUCGAUUUUGAAGAGUUCUUUAGAUCAACUUUGAUAUCAGUAGAAUAACAAUGUCACAAUCUAUGCUCAGCUUUAUCGGUCAUUACAUGGUGUUGUCAUAUCAUGCUGUGCUAGACACAGCUCCCCAUUUACUAUUUUCCAAUUACUGUUUUCAUUGUAGAAUUAGAUGAAAAUCUAUUUUACAAUGUACAUAUAUUAAAUUGCCAAAUACAUAUAUUACAGUGUUGACCAAUCACUAGGCAAUUUCUAUCUUGUUUCAGACAAUUGUUUGUGUUUGUUGAAUAUUCUAAAAUUUUAUAUUCUCAUUGAGUAUUCUGUGUUUUUAAAAAAUUAUCUUAAAUGUUUUGUCUUUCAUAUCAUUUUGUUCCUGUUUUCUUGGAAUUCAGAAAAAAAAAAAACUUUAAUUCUACAGCUGUUAAUAUCGACCAUGAAGUUAUUUGUUAUAAUAACAUAUUGUUGUGUUACUCUAGAUAGUGUUGUAACUUACUUUUUUCUAUUUUUUCGAACCGUCUUGGUGGUCUCAUAGCCUUCUUGCCUAAAUUGUAUAGAACUUAGUUUAUAUCCUGGACUAGGUAAAAUCAAAGUUGCUUCUCCAUCAAGCACCAUACAUUUAAGUGUAAGAAUUAAAAAACUGGUCGACUUGUGAGUCAGAAAAAUGUGUGUGAGGUAGAUGAUAUGAUAUAAAAAAAAAAUGAUUGAUUUUAGAUAAAUGUUAGAUUCAACUUUUUCUUUUCUAUAUAUGUUUGAUAAUUUUCUUUUUUCUGAUUGUUUCAAGAGAUAAUGCAAUCUUGGUAAAGAAAGCACCUCUGAUAGUAAUAAAAGACAUCCAAACCGGCAAAUAGACAUAAAUUAAAACAUAUCUAUAAGAAUUUUUAUUAUUAAUAUCUAAAAGAUCCAAUUUUUAGGAAUAGUAAAAUUGUUUUUUUUUUUAACUUGUUACUUCUUUGCCUUUCGAACUUAUCCUCAAUUCUGUUUACAUUCCAAAUUCCCUACCUAUUAUAUUUAUUGUUAAUUUGUACUCAUCCUGAAUAAUGAAUGAAAUAUUUUCCACUGGACAUAAAGCAAACAAGAAUCAAUCAAUCAUCGCUGCUACACAUACUCAUAUAUAAGGUUAUCUUAAUUUUUUUCAACACCCCCCCCCCCUAAAAAUGAGAUGCAACACUAUAUUUUUUAACACAACAAUAUGUAGAAUAUAUUUAUAUUUAUAUACCUAGUUUACUUUGACAAUAAUUUCUUUUCCCUGUAGAAAUAAGAUAACAGAUUACAGCUGUGCUGUAUGAACAACUCUAGUUAGGUCACAAAUAUUUUCAUGGUAAAUUCAGACUGGCUGUACUAAAGCAAUUACCAAGAAUCUCUUGCACCAAUAAUUGAUAUAAUUUAUUAAUCUGUUCUUUUUCAUCUGAAUAAAAGAAAUGACAU